GAGAUGGAUCCGUGUGCAUUAAGGAUGUUUGUGUGCUCGAUGUUAUAUAAGAUUAUAUAAGAAGAGAAUAUGACACAGAAACACACAAGUCAAGUGUAACAGAGGACCAAUCAGAACUCUGCAGGACUUAUUCAUACAUCAGUAAUGUGAGGGAGCAUCGUCGACUGAGCUGUGAGGAGAUGAAACUGAGUUACCACGACGCUCCUCACAUGCAGAAGUUGCCUUAGAAACAUCACGUUUUAAGGUUUAUUCAGAAUGAAAGUAAUCCAGUGACAGUGUCUGUACAUCCAUGAGAACACUGCAAACAGGAAGUGCUAACAGCUGAUUCUGCAAAGUUUCAGUCAAUUUUUAGUUUCUCUGAUAUUAAAACAACCUCCAGCUGCGUGUCCGUCACCACAGAGGAGGAGAUGAACUGAUAAUCACACUUUUACCUCAGUAAAGUGUGCGAUCGAUCACCUAUCGAUCGAUCUUUCUUUAAUCUGAUAAAAUGUUCAACAUUAAAAUGAAGCUUCAGAGCAGGCGCGCGCAUUUGUGUUGCCAUAAACCCGGAAAAUGAAGUGAGCGCGUCCCCGCCCGCACACACACACACACACACACACACACACACACACACACACACACACACACACACACACACACACACACACACAGAGAGAGAGAGAGAGAGAGAGAGAGAGAGAGAGAGAGAGGCUGACAGCUUGUCUCUCAUCCUCAGUCAUGUUCAGGAGCAGCUAAACGGUCUGAGCAGCACUUUUGACGUCAGGAAUAAUCAUCCCAGCCUCCGCGCUCAUCCGGGUCUUCUUCUUCUCCUCUUCUCUGCCGCUUUGGAUAUUUACUUCAUCCACAGCAGCGGCGGCGGCGGCGGCGGCGGCUUACAGCCUCGACAACAAGCCCAGCAGCAGCAGCACAGAUGCGCUCCUGAGAGGAGGACCGGCCGUGACUCCACCCGCUCCGUCAGUCCGCCGCGCAGCUCUUUGAUUUUCUUAUUAUUUCAACUUUUGCGUCCCUGAACCGUCGGAGAGGAUGUUCGCGCUCCAGCUCAACAAGUCUCUCUUAUUCUUCACACAGUAACUGUGGAUGGCUGCGGGAUGGAGAUAGCCUUGGUGAGUUUUGAGAACGGCGGCGCUAAAGGGAGCGGUGGUGGUGGUGGUGGUGGAGGAGGUGGAGGCAACAAUGCCGAGGAGAGCUGCCGGAACGCGCUGGAUGUCCCUCAGUCGGGCUUCGUUCAGAGUGGACUCGGAGAGGACUACGGUAAGGAGCUGAACACCCGGGGGAGUCCUCAGCAGCCACAGCAGCACCAUCAUCAUCCUCCUCAGCACAGCUCCUGGAAAAUCAACGACAUGAACAACACUUUCAGCUGCAGCGAGAACGCCAUGGAUGCGCUUUUACGCGCGGACCACAGUCCCCAUCUGUUCGACGAGGACAUGCUGGACAUGGACAUGGACACGGAGAGCAACGAGAGGGUGCUCAUCAACAUAGCCGGGCUGAGGUACGAGACCCAGCUGGGCACCCUGAACCAGUUCCCGGACACUUUGCUGGGAGACCCCGCCAAGAGGAUCAAAUACUUCGACCCGCUCCGGAACGAGUACUUCUUCGACCGCAACAGACCGAGUUUUGACGGGAUUUUGUAUUUUUACCAGUCGGGGGGGAAGAUCCGGAGACCUGUCAACGUGUCCAUCGAUGUGUUUGCGGAUGAGAUUAGGUUUUAUCAGCUGGGGGAGGAGGCCAUGGAGCGGUUCCGUGAGGAUGAGGGCUUUAUAAAGGAGGAGGAGAAGCCGCUGCCUCAGAACGAGUUCCAGAAGCAGGUCUGGCUCAUAUUCGAGUAUCCGGAGAGCUCCAUGCCGGCGCGGGGCAUCGCCAUCGUGUCUGUGAUCGUCAUCACCAUAUCCAUCAUCACCUUCUGCCUGGAGACGCUGCCAGAGUUCAGGGACGAGAGGGAGCUGCCGGUGACCAGCCGGCUGGACAACAGCACCGCUCCCCGGCCGUCCCUCACCUUCACCGACCCCUUCUUCAUCAUCGAGACCACAUGCGUCAUCUGGUUCACUUUCGAGCUGUUCGUGCGCUUCUUCGCGUGUCCCAGCAAGUCGGAGUUCUCCAAGACCAUCAUGAACAUCAUCGACAUCAUGUCCAUCAUGCCUUACUUCAUCACAGUGGGCACGGAGCUGGCGGAGCAGCAGGGCCAGGAGCACCAGAACGGACAGCAGGCCAUGUCUCUGGCCAUCCUGAGGGUCAUCCGCCUGGUCCGGGUCUUCCGGAUCUUCAAGCUGUCCAGACACUCCAAGGGGCUGCAGAUCCUGGGACAGACGCUAAAAGCCAGCAUGCGGGAGCUCGGCCUCCUCAUCUUCUUCCUCUUCAUCGGAGUCAUCCUCUUCUCCAGCGCCGUGUUCUUCGCAGAGGCGGACGAGCCGGAGUCUCACUUCUCCAGCAUCCCCGACGCCUUCUGGUGGGCCGUGGUCACCAUGACGACGGUGGGCUACGGCGACAUGAGGCCGGUGACGGUGGGCGGGAAGAUCGUGGGCUCCCUGUGCGCCAUCGCCGGCGUGUUGACCAUCGCGCUGCCGGUGCCGGUCAUCGUGUCCAACUUCAACUACUUCUACCACCGGGAGACGGACCAGGACCAGUCCUCCCUGAAGGACGAGCCCAACAGCGGCAGAGCGAGUCCCGAACUGAAGCGCAAGGGGAGCAAAUCCUCCACCAAGUCUCAGGACGCGGAGAACAACGACGCGUCCGCCUCGGUGGAGAAGGCGAACAUCAAGGCGAACAGCAGCAUGGACUUCAAGAGAUCCCUGUACGCGUUCUGCCUGGACACCCGGGAGACCGACCUGUAGAGUCCAGUCCAGCUCCUCACCCUCUCAGAACUGUUACAGCCCAUAGUCGUGUAGAAUAAACCCCGUUAAUGGGCUCUUAAGUCUUUUUGCACAUAGCAGUCGGAGGAUCAACACAUGAAAAGUUUCACAGGCUGAUUUAUUUUUUAAAAAAAGGAGGAAAAAAGCACAUUUUAAUCCCGCUCAUCUGCUGAGAGGGAGAACCGGGACCAGCUCCGCCACACAACGACCCUUUAAAGUAGGAACACCUCAACAGACAUCGUGACGUCACGCUGCACACAAUCAGGCGCGAGCGGGACUUGGAUUAAUUACUUGAGGAUUAACGGGACCAAGCAGACUCUUUGUACAUAAUGUAGGCAGCAGUUCAGUAGAGCAGCAGAGAAAAAGCCAAAUCUUAUUUUUCGUACCUUCCCUGCAGUUGGUGGUUCUGUUUACUGACAGUGUUCAGACUCCGCAGGCCUGCUCUUCAUCCUGAUCUGCAGCUUUGGGAGAUAUUUCAAAUAAAAGAUAAAAUAAAUGAGUCUAUUUUUGAGAUGCAGACACCUCAGGUUCUGUCAGAGGAGUGAGACGCUUUUCCUUCUUUCUCACCGCUCAGAGGAAGAAGAACAGCCUUGUUUGUGAUUAUUUUCAUUUUCAACUUUUUGUUUUUGUCUUUAAAAAACAAAGGACAUAAUGUGGGAGGAUGUAAACAAGCCAAGACCCGAGGACGGAGCCGAGACAUCUGGAGAGCUGCAGACACGCCCACACCAGAGAGUUGAAGCCCUCCGAUCAUCAGGAGAGUCGACCGGCCGGCAGGAAUCCCUCCGCCAGGACGCACCACCAGAAACUGCUGCUGCACGUCGACUAAAAUCAACAUCCGCCACCCUUUUUUUGGAACUCUGUGCCUUCAACCAAAAAUUCACCAGUGAUACUUCUGAAGAUUUUCUUUCUUUUUUCUUUCUUUGAGUUUUUUUUUGUUCUGUUUAGCUUUUUCUUUCGAGCAGGACUCUGAGGAUAACCCUGAUGUCGUGAUGUCGGAGGGCCCGGGAUCGUUCUGCUGCUCUCACACUUUGUCUCUCUGGAGAAAAAACUAAACAAUCAAAACUAACCAGGACAUGCAAAUUUUGAUCAUUUUAACGUCCUAACGUAUUUGAUUUUUUUUUUCUUUUCUACAAAUUGUGUCAGUGAUUUACUUCGUAUCAGAAGAAAUCCCUCGCUGUGCAAUAUCAGUCCAUAUUUAUGUGAAGUUGUCGUGUGGAUGUAGACUCUGGACAGACUUUUUGGUUUAUUUUUGUAACGAUGUUUUCCUGAUUUCUAUUUUUCUAAAAUGACGACGGUGUACAGAGAGACGAGGGGAGGGAGAGAGGACGUUUGGUUGAUGCUGUAGACGAUCUGUCCGAGUUUAGUUUUCCUCGAUACGUCCCCUCCUGCUCUGACCAGGGCCAAAGCCAUAGCCUAUCUCAGAUAACAUGCACCAGUGUCCCGAACAGCAAGAUGCAUUCAGGGUCUCGCAGUCUGGGGCCGACACCACAGGCUCCUCGCGUCAGCUCAUCUUAGCUGUUGGAUUUUUUGGGUGAUGUUUUGGUUUCUACUGUAAGUUCAGGGGCUUGAAUCUGAAGUAUUUAGUAUUAUCUACCUUUGUGUGGCCUGUUCUUCUUGCUGUUAUUUUGUACUUCCUCCUACAUAUCAAUCAAGCAACUAUAAGUGGCAUGAGUAUGUGUGUACGUGAGAAAAAAAACGAAUGCGUGUGUUUGCCAGAAUGGGAGAUAAAGUACUGUGAAUUCUCCAACAACACACUGAACAAAAUGUCGGUUCUCCGUCAUCACCAGACGUAGGAAAUAACGAUCGAUUGGUUAAUCAGCUGAUGUGAACCAGGCGGUCGAGUCUCAUCGGAGUUUCUGAGCUGUAAAUCCCGUCCGAGUCAUAAUGGUUUCCACCCCCGUCUUUAUAAAGCACGAGGUUCGGAGGCUGAAGUAUAAUUUAUUCCCAAAUCUUAAAGAUAAGGAAUAACUGAGGGAUCCCGGGUCUUUACAUCCCGACGUCUCGUCAAAAACAUCCAGCUUUUGUCGCCACAAACAUCUGGAGACGUCCCGAGAUCUCCAGAUCUUUAGCCGUCUUGCCAAAAUUAGAUUUUUGUCGCCGCAUGUACGGGUGAUGUCCCAGGGUCUUCCUCAAAACACAGUGUUGUCACGACGUCUGAAGAUGUUGAAGAUAUCCAGUGUUUGCCGCUCCAAGCCGCGCUGGAGUAUCCGGACAUCUUGCCGGGUCAAAGAGUCACAAGGUCAAAUAAAGAAUGAGGUGUUUCGCUGAUAUCCAGGAGUUCUUGUCACCUGCUUUAUACGUUUUAAAACCAAAUAGAAACUCCUCAAUUAAAAGCUCAUUUCAGGGAGAAGUGUUGCCUGUUUUUAAAGUUAUUAAAUCAAGAGCUCAAGGCUGUGAGUGGAACUUAUAGCACAAAGUCUGCGAUCACUCAACCAUCUGGAGUCGAAAGAUGUCGUCACAAACACAAGAAUCUUGUCGGCCCUCCGAUGGUUUCAUGCUGGAUUUGUGCCUUGUUAGCGGAUGUCAGGUCGCUCGUUGGUUCGCUAAUGAAAGAUCAGGGAUAUUAAUGUUACACCCGUGAGAAAAUAUUGCUGAUGUAGACACAGAUAAGAAGGAAGCUUUCACCGAUGACGACAACAAGGAGACUUCUGACCGACAUACGAUCAAAUUUAUCUAAAACACCAGAGGAUUAACUUCUUAGCAACUAUUGGAGAAUUUACAGUACUUCCUGUUUUAUUGUUUCAAUCCUGUUUUUCUGCGGUUGUGAACUGUGUUCUGUGUAUCCUUGAAGCUGCUAUCCCUGUACUGUGUAGAUCGGAGAUGUCCAGCCUUAUCCCUGAAGUCCUACAAGCAUCCUCCAUUAGCUCUCAUACAGCUCACACACACACACACACACACACACACACACACACACACACACACACACACACACACACACACACACAGACACACACACACACACACACUUUUCUUUUUUGAAGGUUCAUCAUGAACUCGUUCAGAUGCAUCAGUGGUUCUGCUUCAAUCUGGGCCUUUCAGAGAAUCGUCGUCAUUACAGUCGAGAACCGUUUUCAUCUGAUAACCGAUCAAAGACGGCGACACAUAAAGUCCUCCUCUCCUCCUCCUGAGGAUAUAAAGUCCUCCUCUCCUCCUCCUGAGGAUAUAAAGUCCUCCUCUCCUCCUCCUGAUGAUAUAAAGUCCUCCUCUCCUCCUCCUGAUGAU